AGAAAACGUAAUUCAGAACGAAGACUCAUCAAUAAGAAGACAGUCUACGCUUUAUUUUGUUCCCUUCACCUUCUUCAGUUCUUCUCCUUCUCCCACUCUUUCCAUUAUCUCUCCUUAUCUGUCUUUGUGGCUCUCUCCCUCUCCCCCCCCCCCCCCCCCCCCCUCCCCCUCUCAAAGGGGAAAAGAGUAUCGAUAUGGGAAAUUGCUGGGGUGCUCAAGUUCAGGUUAAUAAUCGCAGCCCAAGUACAAUCAGACCUUCUACUCCUUUCUUCCCAACAGUUACAUCAAACAAUGACAGCGGCAACGAUAGUGGGUUUUCGAGCAGCACCGCUACUCAAAGUCGAUUCUCGGCGUGUGGAAGCAGCGUCGAUGAGUCUUUCCCUAAUGGUCACAUCUUGCCCACACCAAACUUGAGGGUUUUCAGCUUCUCUGAGCUCAAGUCAGCCACCAGAAACUUCAAACCUGAUUCUAUGCUUGGAGAGGGUGGUUUCGGUAGGGUCUUCAAGGGUUGGCUUGAUGAGAAGACCUAUACGCCUUCGAAGAUCGGUAGUGGUAUGGUCGUGGCUGUAAAGAAAUUGAAUCCAGAAAGCAUGCAAGGAUUGGAAGAAUGGCGGUCAGAAGUGAAUUUCCUGGGGGGCCUUUCUCAUCCCAACCUUGUAAAGCUCCUGGGUUACUGUAUAGAGGAUAAAGAACUCUUACUUGUUUAUGAGUUCAUGCAGAAAGGAAGCUUGGAGAACCAUCUUUUCAGAAGGUGUUCGGCUGUUCAGCCACUUUCUUGGACUAUACGGCUCAAGAUAGCAUUAGGGGCUGCUCGAGGACUGGCUUUCUUGCAUGCCUCGGAUAGGCAAGUCAUUUAUAGAGACUUCAAGGCCUCCAAUAUACUACUCGAUGGGAAUUAUGAUGCAAAAAUAUCAGAUUUCGGGUUGGCGAAAUUUGGGCCCUCAGGAGGUGAAUCACAUGUGACAACACGAAUUAUGGGCACCUACGGAUAUGCUGCACCUGAGUAUGUUGCCACAGGCCAUCUUUAUGUUAAGAGUGACGUUUAUGGCUUCGGAGUGGUUCUUCUUGAGAUGCUAACGGGGCUACGAGCACUUGACCCAAACCGUCCUAGUGGGCAGCAUAAUUUGGUAGACUGGGCAAAGCCAAAUUUAACUGACAGAAGAAAGUUAAAAACUAUAAUGGAUGCUCGGAUGGAAGACCUUUAUCCCAUAAAAGGUGCAUUACUAGCUGGGAAAUUGAGUCUGCAUUGUCUUGAAACUGAUCCUAAAAGCCGUCCAUCCAUGAAAGAAGUUGUGGAGAAAUUGGAACAGAUUGAAGCCAUUAAGUUGAAAGCCAAGCCAGAUUCAAGAACCAGUUCUGAACAUCCUACUGCUCAUCACCAUGGUCAGCACACUCAACAGCAGCAUCGUUCCCCGCUUCACCCGAAGCACGAUGGCAUUGGCAGAGGAGGUCGUAUGCAUGUGAGCGUGAGAUGACUUCGUCUUCGUCUCCAACUUCCCACGAAUGCAUUCAUCUGUGUAAUUGUUUCCUAAUAUUAGAAGGAUCCCAAUUUUUUUUUCUCAAGUGUUACUUUUUGUAGUUAAUAUACAUGGUCUUGUACUUGUGCCUAUGUGAUGGAUUGUGGUAGUCAAAUUAAUUGUAUUAGAUAACCAAUAUCAGAAAGGGAGAUUAUUUUUUGAA